UCCCAGACUGUAAACAUUAGUCGGCUGCGCACGGCUCUAGAUGGAUGAAAUUUAAAACAAGAUACUUAAAUAUCUGUGUUAUGUAAGCUAAGCGAGUUGAUACGCUCGCGCGUCGCUAGAGAGCUGCUUCGGUGUGGGUGAAAGUCUGCUGGGAGGUAUUCCUUCAUGCUGUUAUUGGGCUAAAAUCGAUUUUCCAUUUCCCGUCGGCGGCUUCGUGAGUAAGAGCAGCGCGCAGCCACAGUGUGAACACCUUGUAACUUUCUCCCAGGGAACACCCCCCCACUCCACGGACUCGCGCACAGGACUUUCCACGCGCUCGAGAGACGGAGAACUGAAGCGGAGGAGGAGGAGAAGGAGAAGGAGAAGCGUUUUCCAAUGGGGACUUUGUGCUCACGAGAAGCUGGAUGCGCGUCUGCGUCGCGGGUGACGCACCGGGACUGAGCGGGGCGCGUGGGUGACUCCCGCCGGGAUCAAACCGGCAACCUUUCCGUCGCAGCCCGGACCUUCCAGCCAACAGACCGCCGCUAAAACCAAGCUGUGUCAUAUUCACACUAUGGAAUGCUGGACGUUCCACCGUGUUCCAAUCCAUUUAUCAACUUUUCUUGGGGGGUCGGAUUUAAAUUGAUCCAAACUGUGACACCUGCACAUGGCUUGGAUGCGCGCGUGUGUUUAAGCCACGCGUUCGGUGGCUUUGUGUUAUUUCUGACACGUUUGCGUUCAAAAUUCAACCCCUGCGAACACUUGAAAGAGUUGUAGCCUAAAUCUCGCCGGCUCUCAUGGGAUUGAGGCAUUCGUCGCGUUGUUUGCUGCUACGGCGGAAGAUGGCGGAGGCGGACAGCUCGGAGCGGCAACAGCCUGUCACAUCCUCCCAGUCUGCCCAGCCCUCCCCACUGCCUAAACCUGUGCCUACCACCCACCACGUGCCCUGCGCCCCCCACACGCCUCAUGUAGCAGCUCUGGCCACCUGCCCUGGCCGAGGCAAGAUCGCCAAGUUCAUCAGCCCGGAGGAGAUGACCUCUCGAGACUACUACUUUGACUCCUAUGCUCACUUUGGGAUCCACGAGGAGAUGUUGAAAGACGAGGUGCGGACGCUGACGUACCGCAACGCCAUGUACCACAACAAGCACGUCUUCAAGGAUAAGAUCGUCCUGGACGUCGGCAGCGGCACGGGCAUCCUCUCCAUGUUCGCCGCCAACGCCGGCGCCAAGCACGUGUACGGGAUAGAAUGCUCGAGCAUAUCUGAAUAUUCGGAGAAGAUCAUCAAGUCCAACCACUUGCACAACGUCAUUACCAUCUUCAAGGGCAAAGUGGAGGAGGUGGAGCUGCCUGUGGAGAAGGUGGACAUCAUCAUCUCGGAGUGGAUGGGUUACUGCCUCUUCUAUGAGUCCAUGCUCAACACCGUCAUCUUCGCCCGGGACAAAUGGCUGAAACCCGGAGGCCUGAUGUUCCCCGACAGAGCCGCUCUCUACGUGGUCGCCAUCGAGGACCGGCAGUACAAGGAUUUCAAGAUUCACUGGUGGGAGAACGUGUACGGCUUCGACAUGAGCUGCAUUCGCAACGUGGCCAUCAAGGAGCCUCUGGUGGACGUGGUGGACUCCAAGCAGGUGGUGACCAACGCCUGCCUGCUGAAGGAAGUGGACAUCUAUACCGUGAAGCCAGAGGACCUGUCCUUCACCUCGGCCUUCUGUCUGCAGAUCCAGCGCAACGACUACGUCCACGCCCUGGUCACCUAUUUCACCAUCGAGUUCACAAAGUGUCACAAGAAGACCGGCUUCUCCACAGCUCCAGAUGCUGCCAGCACACACUGGAAGCAGACAGUGUUUUAUUUAGAGGACUACCUAACUGUCAAGAAGGGAGAGGAGAUCUUUGGCAGCAUUGCUGUGAGGCCCAAUGAGAAGAAUGUGCGCGACCUGGAGUUCACCUUGGAGCUGGACUUCAAAGGACAACUAUGUGAGGCCGCCAUCUCCCACGACUAUAAGAUGCGUUAGGAGGAUGGACGCGGACCUGCCCUCGGCUCCCUUUUGGUUCACGCGUGGAGAGGGGAGGGCACAGGCUCUCCGGCGGGCGUCCCAGUCGGGCCAGCAGCGGUGCCGUCGGGCCGAGCCACGACAAGCCAACACUGUACCCAACAGCAAUAGUGCCAUCGCGUGUACCAGCCUGAUCAAUGUGGGCACGUCGGUGAAUGUAACUUCCUCAAAAAACUUGAUCUUUCUGUUGUCACUAGUUUCCAGAAAUAUUUUGAGUAUCAAAUGAGAAGAACGUGAGUCUUUAUAUUGUUAGUGCAGCUAAUUGCAAUGCAUUGAUCUGUGUGAUGUGAGGAGGGACCGUGUAGUUAACGAGUAACGGUACUAGUGCUUCAUUUCAUUUAUUUACACGUGGAAGUGUUUUGGUUUCUACAGAAGAAUGUUUUAUGAUUUAUUUAUUCCUUUGAUUGAUGGUAAUUCAGAAGAAUUGUCUUUUGGUGCAAACAACAACAAACACUGACACAAUAUGUGGAUAUCAUUCGCUUUGUUUUGCAGGCGAGAUGAACAAAAAAGCAGUGAUGAAUAAAACAAAUCUGAGAAUUAA